UUGCCCCGUGGGCGUUUUUCGAUUUCACAGAGUGGGAGGGCGAGCGCGGCGAGCCUCGCCCAAUGGGAGCGUGGCGAUCGACGUCACGUCACAGUAGUUUUUCUUUAACCAAUGGGGUCGCGGGGAUUCCGGUGAUGGGGUCCUUAUAUAAGGAGGUAGCGGGCUCCCCACUGCCCGCCAGUGCAAGAGAUUUGUGAGGUGCCGCUGAAGGGUCAAACAACUUUGACUAAUUCCAAGCAUUACUUUAAGUUAAGUUGCUCACAAAAAUGCGCGAGAUUGUGCACCUGCAAGCUGGCCAGUGCGGCAACCAGAUCGGGGCGAAGUUCUGGGAGGUGAUCAGCGACGAGCACGGGAUUGACCCCACGGGCACGUACCAUGGGGACAGCGACCUCCAGCUGGAGAGGAUCAAUGUCUACUACAACGAGGCGUCGGGGGGAAAGUAUGUGCCUCGCGCCAUCCUUGUGGAUCUUGAGCCUGGGACGAUGGACUCAGUGAGGUCCGGCCCCUUCGGACAGAUCUUCAGGCCAGACAACUUCGUCUUUGGCCAGAGCGGUGCGGGUAACAACUGGGCCAAGGGCCACUACACGGAAGGCGCGGAGUUGGUGGACUCGGUGCUGGACGUGGUGCGCAAGGAGGCGGAGAGCUGCGACUGCCUGCAGGGCUUCCAGCUGACGCACUCGCUGGGUGGCGGCACCGGCUCGGGCAUGGGCACCCUGCUCAUCAGCAAGAUCCGCGAGGAGUACCCCGACCGCAUCAUGAACACCUUCAGUGUGGUGCCCUCUCCCAAGGUGUCGGACACGGUGGUGGAACCGUACAACGCGACACUGUCGGUGCACCAGCUGGUGGAGAACACGGACGAGACGUACUGCAUCGACAACGAGGCGCUCUACGACAUCUGCUUCCGCACCCUCAAACUCACGACGCCCACGUACGGUGACCUCAACCACCUGGUGUCGGCCACCAUGAGCGGUGUCACCACCUGCCUGCGCUUCCCGGGCCAGCUCAACGCCGACCUGCGCAAGCUCGCCGUCAACAUGGUGCCCUUCCCACGCCUGCACUUCUUCAUGCCGGGCUUCGCGCCGCUCACCAGCCGCGGCUCGCAGCAGUACCGCGCGCUCACCGUGCCCGAGCUCACCCAGCAGAUGUUCGACGCCAAAAACAUGAUGGCGGCGUGCGACCCGCGGCACGGCCGCUACCUUACGGUGGCCGCCAUCUUCCGCGGCCGCAUGUCCAUGAAGGAGGUGGACGAGCAGAUGCUGAACGUGCAGAACAAGAACAGCAGCUAUUUCGUCGAGUGGAUCCCCAACAACGUGAAGACGGCCGUGUGCGACAUCCCACCCCGGGGCCUCAAGAUGUCCGCCACCUUCAUCGGCAACAGCACGGCCAUCCAGGAGCUGUUCAAGCGAAUCUCCGAGCAGUUCACGGCCAUGUUCCGCCGCAAGGCCUUCCUGCACUGGUACACGGGCGAGGGCAUGGACGAGAUGGAGUUCACCGAGGCGGAGAGCAACAUGAACGACCUUGUCUCCGAGUACCAGCAAUACCAGGACGCCACGGCCGAGGAGGAGGGAGAGUUCGAGGAGGAGGGCGAGGAGGAGGCCGCCUGAGAGGGAUGACGGCGACGACGCAGCCAAGGCCAGCGCUCAACACCACCCACAUGGCUGCCAGCACUCGCACCUAGCAUACGUACACGCACCUAGCAUACGUACACGCACCUAGCAUACGUACACACACCUAGCAUACGUACGCACUGCUGGCAUACGUACACGCGGCUGGCAUACGUACACACGGCUGGCAUAUGUACACACACACACACCUAGUAUAUGUACUAGGUGUGUGUGUGUGUGUACAUUCACCAUCACCCACUCUCACCCACCUGCUUAAUAACUGAAUCUGUCACCCACUAGCUCACCUGAUAGAUUAGUUAAGUCUGAGAGCUUAUUAUGCACACAGUGCACAUUAUUGUGUUGUUAAAGCCUUGACUUGAUAGAGAAACAUCCCAGGUGGUUUUAAUCCCCACAUACACACAAGAGUGGUGAUGCACACUCGCACGCACGCUCCAGUCGCACGCAACACCCCACUCACUUAGGCCAAGCGGCGAGCAUCCUCACCCAGGGUUCCCUGGGUGGUGAUGUGGCCCGCCGGCAGCGCGUUUGGUGCAGAGGUUCACGGUUUAAAAACCACCAGCCGCCCUGCUCGUUUCCAGCGGAUGUGACAAUCAUAAAAACAAUGUGUCAACGCGCCGUCUGCUUCGCAGUGGACGUUAAAGAUCCCGUGACGUCGCUAGCAAGAGCAGGCCAUUGUGUGACCAAUGUCAUGGUUCAAUUAACCUCAACUUAUUCAAUUAGAUUAACACGUAGUAGGCUUUCGUGACCAAUAUCCAUAAUACUAGUUUUUUUGGGUUCGAUCGCGUAAAUAUAAAUGUGUUGUUAAACCCGCCACCACCCGACACAGCCAAUUAGUAAGGUUUGUCAUGUUAACAGAACAUGCCAAUUCGUUACUAGUACAGCACUAACCGGUGUUGUAGAGCAAGUCCACAACAUUUACAAUCUGAGUACGACGUUUUGCCAAUAAUUACAACCGGCAUCAUCAGGCGACAGCCAGAUUUGUGGAGGAAUCCUCCAUUGCCGGUUGGGCAGAGCCUGUAUUAAAUUGGAAUUGCACAUAGAAAUCACCCCCCACCCCCCACCCGUUAUAAACAAUUGGCAGGACCCACCCCUAAAAGUGAAACUCGGUGAGGCUUUUCCUGCAUAAGCAAGUUUUAAUAAACGACUGCCCAAUACAUAGACACCUUGACCACUUAGGGGAUUCUGUCAGGAUACUGACGAGCUGUCAUUCGCAUCCAGCCGAUGAGGUGACCCAACCAACCAUCUAAAGCCCCGACUUUUAUAAUGUAGCCCUAACUCGAAAACUGGGGUCAUGCAUGUCCCCCGCAGCCCCAGUGCGCCUCCAUCCCUCUCACCCUACUGAUGAUUGGGCAGAGCCUGUAACAUGAAACUCCCACAACCGUAUAAUCAUUCAUAAUUUAUUUUUCUCAAAACCCGCCAAAAAAAUCCAGUGUUACAGAAGAGGCUGCUUUGCCACAUGGUCAUUUCAUUCUUCCCUCUCACUCAGCGCCUUCAAAUCCCCCCCCCCCCCCUCAGUUCUAAUGAGGCUGCUGCCCACGGGAAGAUUUAGAGGGCUUAGUGUUGCACGGUGAGUGGUCCCCACUGUAUGAGAGAUCGUUGGUUGCCUGCGUGUCCAAUCCAUCGACAGAGAAACCGACUCCAUUCCAUUUUUUUUGGUGUUUUUCGAGAUUCACCCAGGAUUUAAUUUCCGCCGACAAAUUCCACGUCUCAUUUCAACUUCAGCUCCACCUUGAAAUUCUCUUAGCAAUACCUGGCGUGGUAAACUUAGCAGUCAAAUGAACUGUGCCAGGUUUGGUUUUGGAAAAUGGCACUCGGCAUCAAAAAAUGCAUUUGUAAUUGCGUAACAAGCAUUAGCAUUUGCCUGUUGGAAGAGAAGACGUUUGUGAAAAGCAUCAACUUAAAUUAGGCAUUUGAACCAGCAAAGAAAACUUUUUUGACUCUGACAAUCUAGACAAUUGCUUUACAGUGAUCCCUCGUUUAUCGCGGUUAAUGGGGACCGGAACCCCUCGCGAUAGGUGAAAAUCCGCGAAGUAAGAUUGGCCCCCUAGGAAUUUACGUAUAUGUGUGUGUGGGUACCAGAAUGUUUAAAAUAUGUAUAUUUAUACUUUAUAUAUAUAUUUGACUUAAAUCUAUUUAAUUAUAAAACCUUAAUAUUAUACAUUCACUCUCUCUCAUACGAUACGUAUUAUGGUGUUCUACACUCACCAAUGACAGUAGUAUCUUGAGACUUGACUCCAGUAAUGACGACGACGACGAUGACAAUGACGAUGACAAUGACGACGAUGACAGACCUGUGCAGUUCGAUGAAUGUGAUGAUGAAUGAUGAUGAUGAUGGUGUUACUGCACAGGUAUAAUGAGGCCUUUAAAUCAGUUCGAAAAAUCCGCGAUGCACUGAGGUCGCAUAACUUGAACCGCGAAGUGGCGAGGGAUUACUGUAUAUUAUUUGCGAAUUUGGAAAAUGGAAGCCUGGGUUAAUGUUUGUUUGUGCCCAUUUAAAAAGAAGUUCUCGUUCUUUGAACAGAGUUUAUUCCAUCACUUGCUGUCUCAGCCCGAUUUUUUUUUUAAAUCGCUGUGCUCUUAAAUAAAAAUAAAAAAUGUUAAACACA